GCAAGGUAGCAAAAAUGUACCUACGCUCUGAAUAUAAUCAAGAGCUAACAUUUUGAAAUCCUCGAAGCCCAUCACUCUUCGUACUCCUUACACUCUAGUCUCCCUACUUUCCCUCUUCAGGGUGUGUUCCGGAUCGGAGUACGUCAGUUUAUAGUAAUUUAAGUUGGCACCUAUUGACUAACGGAGAAUCAUUCCGAAUAUCGACGGCAGUCAAAUAAUGGCAGAGUUAACUGUUUCGAUAUGGGUGAUGCAGAAAUUAGGAAACACUUUUUAUUAAAGAUUAAAAAUUGUGCUUAACGUUACUUAAUUUUAACGCAAAAAUAUUUCACUCUUUAUUCAGUUCUUAAUCGUACGUCAGUUUAUAAUAAUUUGACUUGGUACUUGUUGACAAACGCAUCGUCUUUUCGGAGUAUUCAUUUUAGAGGUUAUGUUUAUGUGUUGCUUUUUACAUUAAAAAUAUUAUGGAUAAUCAAAGACUUGCUAUACUUAUAACAGUUGAUGAAAUUAUAAGUUCUUCAAGUAAUAGUGACAGUGAUUUAGAUAUUAAUGAUAAUAUUUUUAAUAACAAUAAUCAUCGCUGUAUACACAGGAUUCCUCGAAUACGAAAUUUCAUAGAAAAUGUAAUUGCAAGAUACGAUGAUCAACAGUUUCAAGAACAUUUUAGAUUACUACGUUCUACAUUCAACUACGUAUUGUAUUUAAUAAGAGCUGAUUUGGAAAGUGAAUGGGGGAAUAUAACAGUAGAUGCUGAGAAACAAUUAUAUGUUGCACUAUAUAUUCUUGGCACUCUGGAUUCAUACAGAUCUGUUACUACUAAAUUUGAUAUUGGAAAGGCAACUGCAUGGAGGGCAGUAAAACGUAUUAACAGUAGUAGCAAAGAAUACUUCUACAUAAUUUAAAAAUUUCAGGUUGUUUGCAACGAUAAAUUGGAGUUUAUCCAUUGCUAUGCUGGACUACCUGGUUCUGUACAUGAUAUGCGUGUAUUUAGGUAUUCAGGACUUCAACAGAGAUGCAAUGAACAAUAUUUUCCACACAGUACUCAUUUAUUGGGGGAUUCAGCCUAUACUUUACAAAAGCAUAUCAUGGUUCCCUAUCAAGAUAAUGGACAUUUAACAGUUGAACAAACUUAUUUCAACACUACACUUUCUAGCACACGCAUGAUGUUAGAACGCUAUAUAGGAUUUCUGAAAGGACGUUGGAGAUUUUUCUUAAAUAAGCUACCCAUGAAAAGAACUGAUUUAAUUCCCUAUUAUAUUGUAUGGAUUUGUGUUUUGCAUAAUAUUUGUUUGAAAAAAGACGAUACAUUCGAGUAUCCAAUAAUUAUACCAAGUACAAUAGAUGCAAAUGUGGGACCAAUGGAAGCUCCUAAUAAUUUAAAACAGGAAGGUAGAAACGACAACGUAUCACAGAAGAUAUUUUGAAUUAAAAUGAUCUUGGAAUAAAUUGAUCUUUUAAUUAAAAUUGUAUAAUGUAUAAAUUUCAUUAGUAUUGUAAACAAGAUAAAUUGAUGUAAAAUAUACUGAUAAUAACAAUAUUUAAUAAAUCAUUUUCUUAAGUA